AAAAGUUUCCUUAUACAAUAUUUUUUCAUCUUACCUCUUGAAAAUUUUUCUAUCCAAAUUUUCUUUCUAUCUAAUUUUUUUUUAAAAAAUAUUCUUUGAAAAAUUUUCAUUCCCUAAUUUUUCCUGCAAAAUCAAAAAAUUUACAUUAAUUAUAUUUUUUACCUCAAAAGUUUUGUCAUCAUCUUUUUUUCCCGUACGAAAUGUUUUUUUGUUGAGAAUAUAUGCUUGUUCAAAAAAAUGUUUACUUUCAAAAGGCAAGAAUAAAAGAUUAAGCCAUUUUUUUAUUCAUUUUUUAUGCAUUCCUUUUAAUUUCCACGACAAAUUUUAUAUAUCAUGUCACUGUCAGGUACAGCAAAAAGUGAUUCGCAACAACUAUCAUUGGAAGAUGUUAUUUUUUCCAUAUCGCACAGAGAGAUACUAAAUUUGUUUUGAAAAACAUCCUUGUCUAUUGUUUCAAUGUACUUAUAUUUUGGUCUCACACAGAGGGUACAUGAAUGAAUGGUCUAUUUUUGUUUCAUGUAACAUUAUUUUCACCAUCAGUCUAUUUUUGUAUGUACAAAUCAAUUAUUCUUUGAAAAAUUUUCAUUCCCUAAUUUUUCCUGCAAAAUCAAAAAAUUUACAUUAAUUAUAUUUUUUACCUCAAAAGUUUUGUCAUCAUCUUUUUUUCCCGUACGAAAUGUUUUUUUGUUGAGAAUAUAUGCUUGUUCAAAAAAAUGUUUACUUUCAAAAGGCAAGAAUAAAAGAUUAAGCCAUUUUUUAUUCAUUUUUUAUGCAUUCCUUUUAAUUUCCACGACAAAUUUUAUAUAUCAUGUCACUGUCAGGUACAGCAAAAAGUGAUUCGCAACAACUAUCAUUGGAAGAUGUUAUUUUUUUCCGUAUCGCACAGAGAGAUACUAAAUUUGUUUUGAAAAACAUCCUUGUCUAUUGUUUCAAUGUACUUAUAUUUUGGUCUCACACAGAGGGUACAUGAAUGAAUUGUCUAUUUUUGUUUCAUGUAACAUUUUUUUCACCAUCAGUCUAUUUUUGUACGUACAAAUCAAAAUAUUAUGUUUCAAUAAUUUUUUCCUGAUUGAAACUAACUUCUAUGUUACACCCCCCCCAACCCAAAACAAUACCCAUUUCCCAUGGCCCCGAAAAAGUAUAGCUUCAUAAAAGAAAAUGUUAUUAUCGGUAAAAGAAAAUGGAAAUUUCAAUUUGGCGUGGUGGUUGCUCGCAGAAAGAAAAUUUCAAAUAUAUCCCGCCGCUCAGCCGCUAAAAGAGAAAGGGAAUCUCAAUUUCUCCCGCCCAGGGCGGCUGGUGGGCCGCUAAAAGAAAAUUCAAUCUAGAAGCCUCAAAGAGAAUGAAACGGCCCACAAAAAACAGCCCACAGAAAGAGAACCUAAAGGCCCGUUCGGGAGGUGGACGUGGGGUUCGCUGGAUCCCAAAUUUGGAAACACGUGGCGGGGUAACUUCAUUCCAGAUAUGGAAAUAUAUCGUGUCGGAAAAUCGACCGCACGCAUCGAUUCCGCACGGUUGACCGCAAAUUAGCGGUACCCGCCCCCAAAGGCAGUAACUGUCUGUACAAGUGUGCAUGGCCCAAGAGACAGGCGACGGCGGUUCCAGUUACUUUUUGGCUGCCCCAACCGCUGGUUUGCCCUCACCACUGCCUACGCCCUGCGCUGCGUUCUCGCGCUCUCGCCGCGAAGCCUGCGUUCUUCGACUUCGAGCGAGCAAGUGCCCCCGUCGGUCCAUCGAUCAUCACCGGGCGCAGCACGCGCUCCAAGCCAUGGCCGUGGGAGUGCCGUGGCCCCUGUGCCUGCUCGCCUGCCUCCUGCUCGGCGCAGGCGGCGCCGCCGGGAACGCUCGUGCGCCACGGAGGGUCCUGUCGCGCCCCCUCAUCGCGGGCGACGGGUGCGUCGUCGCCUGCUCCGGCAAGGACCUCCUCGCGUUCCAAGGGAACGGCUCCCUCGCGUGGGUCGCCCCCCUCGGCCUCAGGUGCAACGACACCAUCAGCCCGGUCUCCGACGGACACAAGGCAAGCCUACCCAUCGUGCUACUUGAAGCUCUGCAUUUUCUUUCCCCCUGAGGAAAUUUUUUUCCAUUCAGUAUCUGAAGCUCUGCGUGAUCUGACAGCACAU